AAUUAAUUAAAAAAAAAAAUAUAUCAAGCUCAAGUGUAUUUUUAUAUGAUGAUAUUUAUGAUGAAACUUGUGAUGAACCUUAUAAUGAACUUUAUAAUAAACCUCUUGAUAAAUCUUAUGAUAAACCUUUCAAUAAAAUUUAUGAUAAACCUUUCAAUAAACAUUAUAAUGAACUUCAUAAUAACAAUAUUACUCAAGAGCUAACAAAUAUAACCUGUUCAAAUGAA